AAGAAAGGCAAUGGAGAAUAAGAACCAGAAGCGGUUUGUGCUCAUCCAUGGGGUGUGCCACGGGGCAUGGACUUGGGACAAGGUGAAAACGCAGCUGGAGGUUGCAGGUCACUGUGUGACGGCAGUGGAUCUUGCUGCAUCAGGUAUAAACAUGACCAAAGUGGAAGAGAUUCAGACUCUGAACGAUUACUGCAAACCAUUGCUUGAGUUUCUGAGCUCGCUUGGCUCAGAUGACGGUAAGGUGAUUGUUGUUGCUCAUAGCAUGGGAGGAAUAUCCGCUGCACUUGCUGCUGACAGCUUCGCUUGUAAGAUUGCCGCUAUUGUCUUUUUGACAGCUUUCAUGCCCGACACAAUAAACCCACCUGCUUAUGUUUACGAAAAGCUGCUCAGAAGCAUUCCACAAGAGGAAUGGUUGGACACCACGUGUGUGAACUACGGGAAACCUGAUUUUCCUCUACAGUAUACUCUUUUGGGACCAAAGUUUAUGGCCAAGAAAAUGUAUCAAAACUCUCCAGUUCAAGAUCUUGAAGUGGUGAAGACAUUAGUGAGGGAAAACCCGUUAGUUACAAACAAUCUGGCAGGGACAAGAAGCUUUAGUGAGGAAGGGUACGGAUCCGUUACACGUAUAUAUAUUGUAUGCAGAGAGGAUCUUGUGGAAGUCGAAGAUUACCAGCGUUGGAUGAUUAGCAACUUUCCACCAAAAGAAGUAAUGGAGAUCAAAUGUGCAGAUCAUAUGCCAAUGUUCUCCAAGCCUCAAGAAGUUUGUGCUCUUCUCCUGGAGAUUGCAAAUAAAUAUUGCAAAAAUUAACCAAUUUCAGCUUCCACCAAUAAAUAAUACGCCAUAAGAGAAUACAUCUAUAUGUAUGAGAACUAAGCAAAUGAUAAUGCUUAUAUAAUAAAGUUUCGUGAGAAAACUGUAUUACACAGAGAAGUAGUUACAAGGCCUCUUGGUUUCAAAUGUAGGAUCAUAGCAUCAUAAUAGAGAGAACUGCAAUGUCUGCAUUGCGAAGCAUCACUAUAACCAAUGUUGCAGAGCAAUUUCUAUAUGCAAGAUGAAAACAACUGAACAAUAUGGCAACUGCACUGAUCUAAUCUUAGAUUCAAGAAAAGCUAUAACUUCUCAUCAACUUUCGUCUACGAUCAAACAACUUCAAGCACUGAAGCAAAGAAAAACUAGAGGAGAAAACGGAAAACGAAUCUAGGCUAAUGAGAGGAAAAAAGUAAGUUCAUAUAACUGACUGAUUCACUGAGUGAAGAUUGGCCAAUUUGGUAUUGUAAUUCACUAAUACGCCUACGUCUGUAAAAAAAUACAACUGAUCAGAGAGGACAAAGCCAUUGCAAAAGAACAUCAGCAAUUAAUGAUUAAUAAUUAUCAGGCGAUAGAGAUGGUAGACACAGAUCAUAUGCCAAUGUUCUGCAAGCCUCAACUACUAACUGGCCAUCUCUUGUAAAUCGCAGACAGCUACCAGCAAAACUAAUAGUCGAAAAAAUAGAAGACAAAGAGGCUAAAAAAGAGAAGGUAAAUAACCAGGAGUGGUCUGAUCUUGUUCGUGGGCAGAUAGAGUUCUUGAGGCUUUGAUAUUAACAUGGACAUAUGAUCUGCAUCUUUGCACUUGAAAAUGCAAAGAU